AUGCAGCCUACUGAGGUCAAUACCAGAAACAUGCUAGAUGGAAGUGUCUCGCUGCAAUUUGACCAAUAUCAAGCGGCAUCCUUAUCCGACCUACCUAAAUAUAAUGCAAAGGAUGAAGAAAUUCAAUCUGAUGAAGAAGAGGUUGCAAGGCAUUCUAUUGCAGUAUUUAUAGAGGAAGGAAUUCCUGAAGAACUACUGGUCAAAAGGACACAUUCGUUGGCCCAGAUUCCCAUGAGAAGAACAGCAGGAGCAGCAGGGUAUGAUAUUUCCAUUACUCAUGCUCAGGAUAUACCUGCUUUGGGAAGAUCUUUGUUAUCAACAGGGUUGUGCAUCCAAAUUCCACACAAUGCAUAUGGAAGAAUAGCUCCAAGAUCAAGCUCUGCCAUGAGGGGAAUCAUUAUCAUGGGUGGAGUAAUCGACGCUGAUUACAGGGGAGAGGUAAAAGUUAUGGCGUUUAACACUACGAAUGAAGAUAUAUUUCUUAAUAAGCAGGAAUGUAUUGCCCAAAUCAUCCUGGAACGCAUAACAACACCUGAAGUGAAGGAAGUAGAACAGCUAGGCUUGACUGAACGAGGAACCUCGGGUUUUGGUUCUACAACACAAACACAGGUUUGUACUAGCUCUAAAGCAAACCCUGAAUGUUUAGGUUGUCAUUAUUGCUGCAGUGGCGAAGAAGAUGCAGCCACCUAUGAUGCCUAUGUAGCACCAACCCACAAAGGCAAACAGAAGGAGGUAAUAGCGUACAUCCCCACGGCCUCCGCCGUCCUGCGCGCCGUGCUCUACAGCGCCCAUCCACCGCAGGGCGGCGGCGGCGGAGAUUCGCCGGAUUACAAGUGCAGCCCUGACCAGGAGAACAUGCCACUGGCCGUCGAUUCCCUCCAAUUCGAGCAGCUCGCCGGCUCCUCCGCUGCAGCUCCACCCUCUCGUGUUCCCGCCGGUACCUUCGCUUUUGCACUUGCGAUCUCUUCCACCUUUUUGCUGCCCCUUCCCCUCUCUCGGCCUCAAUCGCUAUAA